AAACUUUGGAUUAGGAUUUAGGACACCUAAUGAAUUAAUAGAUUAUUAUCAACUAAUAAUCUAAUUAGCAGGAAUUAAAAGAAUGUCAAACACAGACGGCCCUAUAUAAAAACCAGGAUGAUUCCCAGAAGACACAUUACCAAGCCAAAGAUACAUUCAAAAUUUUAAAGCACGUGGUGAAUUGGAUCACCUAGUGGCUCGUCCAAUCAUCUCAGAACAUAUAAAAAUGAUACUAGUAUAAAGUUAAUGAACAGAAUUACAAGUUUAUUAUUUUCUAAUAUCUUUUCAUCCACCACCAGCAAAAAAGGUACACUCAACCGCUCCUGCAGCUCAUCAUCCCCGUCAAGAUCAUCACCAUCCUCUUUCUCCGAACCAUUUCAACACAAUCAAUCAAAAAUCCAGAUGAUGAGAAAACUCAAUUCAUAGAAAGAAACAUAGAUGUCUUCUUUGGGGAUGAGGCAAAGGUACUUUCAGUUACUAUUUACAAGUUCCAUUUUCUUCUUCUUAGCCUCAACUCUGAGCUCAGUUUCAUCCAUUACUACUACUUCAAAUUCCACUUCUUCAUGUCCAAUUGAUAUGAGUUAUGUCAAUAAAAUCCCAUGGGAUAAUUCAGGAUGUAAAAAUACAACAAGAAAUCAAAAACAACAACAAACCUGUUGUCAAACUCUUCUGAGUCUCUUUGGUGUAGGUCUCUCCACCCAUCUCAAGCAAACUGGUUAUUUUCAUUUACCAACUCAUUCAGCUGCAACUUCCUGUGUUGAUGAAUUCCAAUCCAAUCUCAAUUCCCUUUCUUUACCAUCAGACAUCUCUUCAACUUGUUUUGGAAAUCCUGAUCGAUUUGUAAUCAGUCCACAGGUCUGUGCUGGGAUCCAGAACACAACAGAUUGGAUUAGUGCACUUGGGACUUCAACACUGCUUGAUUCUUCUUGUAAUUCAGAUCUUUCUGUUCUUACAUCUUGUGAUUCUUGUGUUGCUGCUGGUUUUAAAGUUCAAUCAAAAUUAAUGACUAUUGAUAGAAAUACUAGUCAUGCUAUGGAUUGUUUUUACUUUGCUGUUCUUUAUGCUGCUGGUAUUGCUAAUCGAUAUGGUCCUGAGAAUUUUGAUACUGCUAGUUGUAUAUUUGGAUUGACAAUCAUUAACAAUUCAUCCAAUGGGAAGAAACAUCACCAUAUCAACUCUCUUGCUUUUGCCGUGGCUGGUGCUUCUGUGGCGGUGCUAGGGAUAAUCUGUUCUUUGCUGGGGUUUUUGUGGUGGAGACGCUACCAAUUACAGAAGAGGAAGAAAGCUGAUGAGGCUGGAGGUUUGGAUUCUGAUCAAGAAAGGAGUUCAAAGAUGAAACGGCCAAAUACUGGAUCAAUUUGGUUUAAGAUUAAGGAUCUUGAAAGAGCUACAGAUAAUUUCUCUCGGAAGAAUAUGAUUGGGAGAGGUGGAUUUGGGAUUGUGUAUAAGGGAACUUUGUCAGAUGGGAGUCUAGUUGCAGUGAAGAAAAUGAUUGAAUCAGAUUUCCAAGGAAAUGCAGAAUUCUGCAAUGAAGUUGAGAUUAUUAGCAAUUUGAAGCAUCGGAAUCUUGUGCCGCUUCGCGGUUGUUGUGUUACUGGAGAUGGCGAAGACGGCGAAGAGGUGAAUGGAAGUGAACAGAUGAGGUAUCUUGUUUAUGAUUUCAUGCCAAAUGGUAACUUAGAUGACCAUCUCUUCUUGCUGAACAAUAAGAAGAAGGCACUGAGUUGGCCAGAGAGGAAGUCUAUAAUACUAGAUGUUGCAAAGGGUUUGGCAUAUCUGCAUUACGGAGUCAAACCAUCAAUUUAUCAUAGAGAUAUUAAAGCGACGAAUAUACUUUUGGAUUCAGAAAUGAAAGCAAGAGUUGCAGAUUUUGGAUUAGCAAAACAAAAUAGAGAAGGGCAAUCUCAUCUGACUACUAGAGUUGCAGGUACACAUGGAUAUUUAGCACCAGAAUAUGCAUUGUAUGGGCAGUUGACAGAAAAGAGUGAUAUCUACAGUUUUGGUAUUGUGACUUUGGAGAUAAUGAGUGGAAGAAGAGCAUUGGAUUUGAAUUCAUUAGGAUCACCAACAUCAGUUUUGAUUACUGAUUGGGCAUGGACACUUGUGAAAUCAGGAGACACUGACCAAGUUUUUGAUGAAACAUUGUUGAUGCUGGAUGAUGGUAAUAAUAAUAACAAUCCUAAAGGAAUUAUGGAAAGAUUUGUGAUGGUUGGAAUACUAUGUGCUCAUGUAAUGGUAGCUUUAAGACCUACCAUUUUAGAUGCACUCAAGAUGUUAGAAGGUGACAUUGAAGUUCCUCCUCUCCCUGAUCGACCCUUACCACUCAGUCAUCGAUCUUUUUGUAGCAGCGGAAACACAUUCAGUUCAUUGUCAACAACAUCCACGACUGGCCUUCAAUUCAACCCUGGCGAUAUGCUCAGGUAACUUCUGAGAGAUUAGUCAUGCUAGUAGGAUAAAGAAUUGUGGAUGUUGAUGUUGUGUGUAAAUGGUGUUGCUUUAGUACUUCACUCCUUACUGGUUCUAGCAAUUUGUACAGUACAUUUGAUAUACUAAAUGGAAUUUAACAUUCAACCAA